GUAGGAGACCUGGGGAUUUAACCUGGUUCAUUCAUGUAGUUGACUGUGUUGUGAUGUCGUGAAGAUUUAACCCCGUUGGUAAAAGCAGCUCUCUGAUUGGAUACGCUUUUCCGUCCUGACCUCUGACCAACAGCAACACCUUCUUAGAGGUCAAGUCCGUCUCCAACCAGAUCUGGAAGUUCCAACGUUACCAGCUGAUCAUGAAGUUCCACGACCGGCCCCUCCUCCCUCCGCCCCUCAUCAUCUUUAGCCACAUCUACAUCGUUCUGAAGUACGUCUGUCGCCGCUGCAAGAGGAGAACAGAGGGAGAGCAGGACGACAGGGACAACAAAGGACUACAGCUGCUGCUGAAUGCCGAGGAGCUGAAGGUUCUGUACGAGUUUGAGGAGCAGUGUGUGGAGGAGUAUUUCAGAGAGAAGGAGGACGAGGAACAGUCGUCUAACAACGAACGCAUCCGGGUCACAUCUGAGAGGGUGGAGAACAUGUCGAUGCGUCUGGAGGAGGUGAACGAGAGGGAGCACUCCAUGAAGGCUUCCCUGCAGACGGUGGACCUUCGGCUGGGUCAGCUGGAGGAGUUCUCUGGGCGUAUGAUGAAUGCCCUGGAGAAGCUGGCCGGYGUGGACCACAACGACCUGGUCAGGACCCAGUCGGGGGUCUCCUCGGCGUUGGGAUAG